AUGUCUGAUCUAAUAUCAUUAUUAGAUAAAGAACGAAAACGACCAUUAGUAUGUUUGGAUAGUUUAAAAAAUUUAAAAACAACUAUUAUUGAAAAUAUAACAUCAAAUGAAUGUAAAUUUUUAAAUGAUUAUUCGGAUGAAAUUGAAAAGAAAAAACGAAAAGAAUUGCAAAUAACCCCAAAUCGUAAUGUUUUUAUUGAACAUGAUUCGAAAACAUUUUCAUCUCAACGAAUUGUUACUUUAAAAGAACACGAUGAACAACAAAGUCUCGAACAAUCAAAUAUAGAUAAUAUUCUAAAUCCACUAAAACGUAUUGUUAUACCUCAAACUAUAUCAUAUGACAAAGAACAAAAUCAGGAAAGAAACGAUAAUCAAGUCAUUUCACAAUCCAAGAAACGUAUUGUUAUCAUCGAUAAUACAGAUUCAAAUGAAAAAGAAUCAACAAUUGUUUCACAAUCUCAAUUAGUUUCAUCAGUACCUUUAAUCGAUUCAUUAUCAUUUUCUUCAUUAUUAUCAUCUUCUUCUUCUACUCAUACAUCAAGUCAUAUAAUAAAUCAAGAAUAUUUAACACGAAUAUGUCAAAUACUUACUUCUUGCAAUACUUCUAAUAAUGAAUCGAAAUCUGUUUCUAAAUCGUCAGAUGUAUUCGGCGUUACUAAUAAUGAUAAUACCAAUAAUAAUAAAUCACAUUCUACAACAACAAAUAUUAAUAAAUCUUCUAUUAGUAAUCGAUAUCCUCAAUUUGAAUGUGUUCGUACUCCAACACAAGAAUCUCAUUCAUUUAUACCGCCUGAAUUACUUGAUUGUUGUGAAUCUAAUCAAAAACAACAAUCAAUAUUGAAUAAAAAUCAAUCAGAAUAUUGGGAUAAAUUUCAUACAUCAACACUAUUACGUGAAACAAUGAUUAAAAUAUCAAAACGGUUGAUAAAAACUGAAUCUAUACCAAUUGUUGAUACACAUUGUCAUUUUGAUUUAAUUUUUGAUCGUCUUUAUAUCAAACAUAAUAAUUUAAGUCAAUAUUUUGAUGAUUAUAGAGAUUUAUAUCCAUCUGGUCUUUCAUUUGAAUUAGCUAUUCAUGUAUUUUGGAGACCAAGACAUUUAAUUGAAGAUAAAUGGAUAAAAUGGUAUUCAAAAUAUUUAAAUGAUG